AUGAAGUUCUCAAAUCUAGUGGCUUGGUCACUAACAAUAACACUAAGUGCAGCUUCACUGGCUGGCUCGUCCAAGCAAAAAGCCUCCGUUUAUCGAUUACCACCAUCGCGCGGCCCCAGCAGCAGCAAUGAUGCUGAGUUGUCAAUCGACGAUGCCAGGGUGUACCUUGAUUCAUUCGUGGGUAAAGAUCAAUCUCAACUCAAAUUGGAUGUCGACGGGAAAUUGGUUGAGUUGUUGAAUGAGCAGUACGAGCAUGAUUCACAGCACGAGCACCACGGAAAACCAAAAUUGUUGGUCAAUGUUAAAGGAGCUGAAUUUGGUGAUGCUCCAAUUUUCCACACCGAUCGCAAGAUCCAUUCAUAUUUCAAACAUCAUCACGACCAUGACGAGGCAGAGCAGUUGACGCAGGAGUUGAGCUUGGUUUCUGAGCACGGGUAUGCUGAAUUGACCCGCCAUUUCCAAUAUUUCCAACAGCGGAAAAACCACAUUUGGACGGAUUUCACCACGCACCAGCAAGUCAUGUCGCAGUAUAAUCCAGUCAACGACCAGAUUUUCAUUAACGAGUUGUCAUCUUUGAUCCACUUGAAAGAAUAUGUCGAGAAGAAUCAGGCUUUUCCCAGUGACGUGUUUGUCAUUCAACUUGCUUCGCUUUUGUCCAUUGAACGAAGAAUCGGGGCCGAAGCAGCCACGUUUAAGCACUCAAAAACUACAAUGGCAGAACUACUUGAAGCAAUGAACGAGCAGUUUAAUAUCUUGAUCGUGAGCACGCCAAGUACAUCGCACGAUGUUGCACACUUAAACAAGAGAUCCCUUGAGCUUUCGAAAAUCAAUACCAGUGUUUUCAAGUAUGGCACCAAGGAAGCUUGUGAAAUUGCCACCAACAACUGCAACUCGCACGGAGAGUGUAACAAGAUUUCGCAAAAGAGCAAUGGUGGUGCUGCGGCCAAUGGAAGUGAAGAAUGGGCAUGUGUAUGUGUGCCCAGCUUCAACUCAACCACGUCAAAGACUACAACUUGGGUCGGCUAUGACUGCGCCAAGAGAGAUGUCUCAGUACAAGCCAACUUGUUCCUUUGGACCACAGUUGCUCUUUUGUUGGUGACUGUUGGAGGUAUCAAACUUUUGCUUGGUGUUGGUGAGACUCCCUUGCCUGGCGUAUUGGAUGCUGCUACUUUACCUGGUAAAAAGACUCUCUAG